CUUUCUCCUUAACGGAGGCGCCCCCGUAAUCGUCGCUUCCCAGAAUCCUUCCGCCUCGGCCCAAAGGCGAGCCCCACACAGGCGGCCUAACCACGGGAAGAGGCUCCCAGCGCAGCCCUCUACUAGGCCACGCAGACGCAGAGCCUUCGCCUCCUCACGCAGGCGUCGGGAGCCUUUGUCUCUUCUGCGCAGGCGCCGAAAGCCCUCGCUUCCUUUGCGCAGGCGCCGGCCCAAAGCGGGCGUGGCGUGACGUGACGUCACCGACCAGCUCCCACCUCUCUGCCCUUAGUCCGGGUUCCUUUUCAGACAGGCGUGGUCUUCUUUGUCUGUGGGGGAGCUGGCUUUGGCCCGAAUGGCCUCGGGCAGCCCUCGGGUUAAGCGGGUUUUAAAUCCCUGAUUUUUCUGCCGGGGAGCCAGGGGGAGUCGGGCUCAUCGGUGCCUCAGUUUCCCCGCCUGUCAGAGGAGGGAGUGAAGUACAAGCUGUCCGCGGCCCCUCCUGACUCCCGCGGCCCCUCCAGACCCCCGCGGCCCCGCGGCUCUCUCCUUUGCAAAACGAAAUAGACGCUGCCAGUGUCUUCAGCAUAGUUCGUUUCAGCAAAAAGAGAGUUGCUGGGUUGGGCCACUGAGCAGGGUCAGCCUCUGAGGCUCCUGAAGCCGCGCACGCGCGCUUUCACAUAAGGAUCUAGUUGCGCUGUGGGCAGCAUCCUCACCCUCCCGGGUGGAGCCGAGCCGGGAGACUCGGGAGAGUCCUUGGGGGCUUUGUAAGCCGCGGAACGGGGCGAACUUCUCCUAGGAGGGAUUUCCUCUCUUGGCAGUGCCCUGCGUCGUUACAAAUGAGAAACGCCUUCCCGGAUUACAUAAAUGCAGGAGAAGUGCAAAGUAGAUGCGUAGUGGCACCCGGAGAGCUGCCGGAGAGAUGCUCUCUCUGAGGGGAGCUUGAAGAGGUGGAGCCUCUGAUGUUUCAGGGCCAGACAUACACUGGGUGCGUGAGAUUUCAAAGGGUUGACAAGCUGGAGUGAGCGUCUCAUGUUCCCAUCGCCACCAUGUUGCCCAGCUGUUUUCCAGUGGCAAUGAAAGCGGCACAUGGUGGCAUUCCACACUCCAGAUUACUGCCGUGGCUGAUUAGAAGCAAGGCACGGUUCUUGUGUUCUGGGCCUCCGACCAAAAGGCGAAGACGAGUUGUGAUCACUGGUAUUGGAUUAGUCACUCCUCUCGGGGUUGGAACUCAGUUAGUGUGGGAUCGCCUCAUCCAGGGGCACUGCGGCAUUGUGGCACUGCAGGGUGAAGAGUAUAAGAACAUCCCUUGCAGAGUGGCUGCCUAUGUGCCCAAAGGGGCUGUGGAAGGCCAUUUUAACGAAGAAAACUUUGUGUCCAGAUCAGAGGCUAGAACCAUGUCCUAUCCCACCAUCUUGGCCAUUGGAGCGGCGGAAUUGGCAAUCCAAGAUUCUGGCUGGCACCCUCAGACAGAAGCUGAUCGCAGGGUUGCUGGUGUGGCUAUCGGUAUGGGGAUGGUUCCCCUGGAAGUGAUUUCUGACACAGCCGUGAUGUUUCAGACAAAAGGCUACAACAAAGUCAGCCCCUUCUUUGUCCCCAAGAUCCUGGUUAACAUGGCCGCUGGUCAAGUCAGCAUCCGUUACAACCUUCAGGGACCCAAUCAUGCUGUGUCAACUGCCUGCACCACAGGCGCGCACGCUGUGGGAGAUUCUUUUAGAUUUAUAGCACAUGGAGACGCGGAUGUGAUGGUGGCUGGAGGAACAGACGCCUGCAUCAGCUCCUUGUCUCUGGCCGGAUUCUCCAGGGCCCGUGCUCUGAGCACAAACUCUGAUCCCAAGUUGGCAUGCCGCCCGUUCCAUCCCAAGAGGGAUGGCUUUGUGAUGGGAGAGGGAGCAGCCAUCCUGGUGCUGGAAGAGUACGAACAUGCUGUUCAGAGGGGCGCCAGGAUAUAUGCGGAAAUCCUGGGCUAUGGACUCUCGGGGGACGCCGGCCACAUAACAGCCCCCGAUCCAGAAGGAGCAGGGGCUGUAAGAUGUAUGGCUGCUGCAAUUAAAAACGCAGGCAUCUCUCCUGAAGAUGUAUCCUAUGUCAACGCCCAUGCGACUUCCACACCUCUAGGAGAUGCUGCUGAAAACAAGGCCGUCAAACAACUCUUUAAAGAGCAUGCUCAUUCCCUUGCAAUGUCUUCUACCAAGGGAGCAACAGGACAUUUGUUAGGAGCCGCUGGAGCAGCGGAAGCUGCUUUUACUGCCCUGGCUUGUUACCAUGGAACACUGCCACCCACCCUUAACUUGGACUGCUUGGAACCCGAGUUUGACCUCAAUUAUGUCCCACUGACAGCCCAGGAAUGGAAAUCAGGAAAAAGACGCAUUGGAUUAACCAACUCCUUUGGCUUUGGUGGGACAAAUGCAACCCUUUGUAUUUCUAGCAUAUAACGUGUAUUUUGUGUGCACAUGAACAUUGAUGCAUGAUGCUAAUGAUGACCAAUUGGAUUAAGAAAUAAUAUAAAUAUGUGGAUAAAUGUAUGGAGUCUCUCCUUGUGGUCUCUGCUUUGGACACUUUCUAGUACCAUGUUUCAAAAACCUACACAUAUCUUUUUUGUAUUUCAUCUUCCAGCUUAUUUUUCUUUUAUCUUGGGCUGAAAUCUGUAUCCAUGAGACUUCUACCCAGUGACUUUAAUUCUGUCUUCGGGAGCCCUCAGCAUAAGAAUCAAACCUUUCCCAUAGAAUAGCUGUAUAAAUAAAGACAACUUCCUUGA